AUGGCUCCACACUUCAUCUUCCCCCAAAACCUCCAUGCCCUCGAAGAAGAUACAGGCGACAAUCGGCUCACCGUCCUAGGUCCCACCUCGAUCUCCUCUCUACGCUCUUCCGAACUCGAAGAAUUCGUAAAAGGUUAUACUUCAAAUUAUAUGACAGAGCUCUUCUGCAUCAAAGGCCAAAAGGCAUUCCCCGAAUCCGGCAAACCUCAAAAUUGUUCCCACACGUUAUAUGCUUUCCUUCCAAGCAGUUCAAAAGUCUCUUACCUUGCUUUCCUUUUCUUCCAAACAGGUGUAUCCUUCGACCUCUCCGAUAAAGAGCUGUUCUGCGUGGAAGAUCAAGACGUUUUCGACCGCGUGUACUCGCUUGUUAAAUGUUUUGCUUCUCUCACCCCAAGUUGUAAGCUCAAUCUUGUGGAGAGUUUAAGGUCCAAUCUCAGUGUUUUGCUUCCCAAUGUCGAUUCUCUCUUGAGGGUGUCUCAAAAUAAGGAUGAUGACGAGAGUCUGGUCAUCGAUCGGGUGGCUUCUCAUCGAAAUGCUUUCAAAAUUUACACAUUCUUUCUCGUUCAUAUUGUUCUUGCUGAGCAGUCUAACACUAGUUCCAACAAAAGUGCCAAAGUGGUGGCGAGUAGGCAGAAAAAACAGCCUGUACAUGCUUGGAAUUGGGAGCCCCAGAGGGGUCGGAUACUAAAUUUGAUUGCUAAUUCACUAGAGAUCAACCUGUCAUUGCUUUUUGGGUCAUCGAACCCAGAUGAAAAUUACUUGUCUUUCAUUGUCAAAAAUGCAUUCUCUAUGUGUGAGGAUGUGACACUAUUAAAAGAUUUGGACACAAAAGAUGCUUUGUGUCGUACAAUUGGAACAUGUGCUACCAAGUACCACUAUACAACACAAUCAUGCGCUUCAAUUCUACACCUGAUUCACAAAUAUGAUUUUGUGGUUACUCACUUGGCUGAUGCAGUUGCUGGGGCAGAGAAGAAGUAUGCUGAUGGAAGUUUAGCCAUCUCCCUCAUUAGAGAGAUUGGAAGGGCUAAUCCCAAAGAUUACGUGAAGGACACUGUUGGGGCUGAAAAUAUUGGACGGUUUCUUGUAGAGCUAGCUGAUCGAUUGCCAAAGUUGAUUUCAACCAACAUUGGUUUAUUGGUCCCUCAUUUUGGUGGAGAGUCAUAUAAGAUAAGGAAUGCUCUAGUUGGGGUGUUGGGAAAGUUGGUUGCAAAGGCUUUUAAUGAUGUUGAGGGCGAAGUGAGUUCGAAAUCCAUUCGUCUUCGAACCAAGCAAGCCAUGUUGGAAAUCUUACUAGAACGUUGUCGAGAUGUUUCAGCUUAUACCAGGAGUCGAGUUCUUCAGGUUUGGGCAGAACUUUGUGAAGAACAUUCUGUUUCCAUUGGUCUCUGGAAUGAGGUUGCAGCAGUAGCUGCUGGGAGGUUGGAGGAUAAGAGUGCAUUUGUCAGAAAAUCUGCACUAAAUUUACUUAUCAUGAUGCUGCAGCAUAACCCCUUUGGUCCGCAACUUCGAAUAGCUUCUUUUGAAGCAACCUUAGAACAGUAUAAUAAGAAGUUAAAUGAGCUUGGACCACAUACUUCAUCUGAGGGUGACAUGGAUGGGUUAUCUACUGAUAAUGAUGCUUGCAAUGGAGAUGGAGAGGUUGAUGAUGUAGGAGCUGAAGGGGUAUCGAAGGAACACCAUAAUAGUUUGAGUGAUAGCUGCUUGCCUUAUGUAGAAGAUGGGAUUGGUCAGAAGGAUAGUUCAGUGCCAGAUGUUGGGAAUUUGGAGCAAACUAGGACAUUAGUUGCAUCUCUUGAGGCAGGUUUGAGAUUUUCCAAGUGUGUAUCUGCCACGAUGCCAAACCUUGUUCAGUUGAUGGCUUCAUCUUCUGCCACUGAUGUUGAGAACACAAUUCUAUUGCUAAUGAGGUGUAGACAGUUCCAAAUUGAUGGCUCAGAAGCCUGUCUCCGUAAGAUGUUGCCACUGGUAUUUUCCCAGGACAAAUCCAUCUACGAAGCCGUGGAGAAUGCAUUUGUCACAAUUUAUGUAAGGAAAAACCCUGUUGAAACUGCUAAAAAUCUCUUGAAUCUUGCCAUAGAUUCAAAUAUUGGCGAUCUUGCAGCUUUGGAGUUCAUAGUUGGUGCUUUGGUAUCCAAGGGUGACAUAACUGAUAGCAUGAUAUCAGCAUUAUGGGAUUUCUUUUGUUUCCAUGUAAGUGGAACUACUGCAGAACAAAGCCGUGGUGCUUUGUCUGUCUUGUGCAUGGCUGCAAAAUCAUAUAGUGGGGUUCUCACUUCUCACCUACAGGACAUUAUUGAUAUAGGAUUCGGUCGUUGGGCGAAAGUGGAACCUUUGCUUGCUAGGACAGCAUGUGUUGCCCUUCAGCGGUUGUCUGAUGAUGACAAGAAAAAACUGGUGUCCAGUAAUGGCAGCCGAAUAUUUGGUAUUUUAGAAAGUUUAGUUACUGGCUUUGGGCUUCAAGAAAAUAUAUGGUAUGCUGCGGCUGACAGAGCAAUUGCCGCUAUAUACACAAUUCAUCCAACUCCUGAAACCUUAGCAGCCGAGCUGGUGAAAAGAUCUCUUAAUUAUGUAUUUGACCGUUCUGGAGGAGAUGAGUUUCAAAAUGACAUUGACUUUGCUACCUCCAAUGCCCUUGACACAGUUCAAGUAACCAAACUUAGUAGAUAUCUAUUUGUUGUAAGCCAUGUUGCUAUGAACCAAUUGAUUUAUAUUGAGUCUUGUGUACGGAAAAUCCAAAGAAUGAAUGCUAAGAAAGAAAAAAUGAUUGCUGAGGGCCAGAAUGAUCAUAGUAACAGCACAAUGCCUCUUGAUGCACAAAAGAACAACAGUAUCAAUGCAGAGUUGGGUCUUGCUGCCUCUGCGGAUGCGAUACUUGAUACCCUCUCUGAAAGAGCAGAGAAAGAAAUUAUUUCUGGUGGUUCUACUGGGAAAAACUUAAUUGGGCAUUGUGCACCUUUCCUUUCCAAACUUUGCCGAAAUUUCAGUCUAAUGCAGAAGUAUCCUGAACUGCAGGCUUCUGGAAUGCUUGCUUUAUGUCGGCUUAUGAUCAUUGAUGCAGACUACUGUGAUGCAAAUCUCCAGAUUCUCUUCACUGUUGUGGAGAGUGCACAAUCGGAAGCUGUUCGUUCCAAUUGCACUAUCGCUCUGGGGGACCUGGCAGUUCGUUUUCCUAAUCUAUUAGAACCAUGGACAGAGAACAUGUAUGCACGCUUGAGGGAUCCGUCAGUUUCUGUCAGGAAGAAUGCUGUCUUAGUUCUCUCUCACCUCAUUUUGAACGAUAUGAUGAAGGUGAAAGGUUAUAUAAAUGAAAUGGCUAUGCGAUUAGAAGAUGAAGAUGAGAGGAUUUCAAAUCUUGCCAAACUUUUUUUUAACGAGUUGUCAAAGAAAGGGAGCAAUCCGAUAUACAAUUUACUGCCGGAUAUCCUUGGCAAAUUAUGCAACCAGAACUUGAACAGUGAAUGUUUUUGCAACAUCAUGCAGUUUUUAAUUGGUUCCAUCAAGAAGGAUAAACAAAUGGAAGCUCUUGUGGAGAAGCUUUGCAAUAGAUUUUGUGGAGUAACAGACGUUAGGCAAUGGGAAUAUAUUUCAUAUUGCCUCUCUCAGCUAGCAUUUACUGAGAAGAGCAUGAAGAAGCUGAUGGAAUCAUUUAAGACAUAUGAACAUGUCCUAUCUGAGGACUCUGUAAUGGAUCACUUUAGAAGUAUACUCAAUAAGGGGAAGAAGUUUGCUAAACCAGAACUAAAAGCAUGCAUUGAGGAGUUUGAGGAAAAGAUUAAUAAAUUCCACGUAGAAAAGAAGGAGCAGGAAUUUACAGCCAAAAACGCACAAGCACAUCAACAAAAAAUAGAUAGCAUGGAAAGUUUUACAGCGACAAAGAAAGAUGGAGAAGAAAGUGCUGAGUCUGAAAUUGCUGAAGAUGGUGAGGUCACUGAUCAAUCGUCGGAAGAGGUGACUGAAUUUUCACAUGAUUCAAAAGAUGCAAAAUCUGUUGAAGGGGAAGAAUGUUCUCAUGCUUCCAGUGAGGUUACAGAGCCGGAACCAUGUGAUGGUGAAGUUCAAUCGCAUCGUCCAAGGUAG